GAUAGCAAUCAUUACAGUGGACAAUGGACACAUAGGUUCAAAGUUUAAUAUUGUUUACUUUAUGUUCGACUGAAUGUUCGACUGCAUGACAUAACAGCUCGCAGUCACGGCCAAGCAUGGUGUUGUACGAUAUUUGUAUCGUGGGGGCCGGAUUGUGGGGUUCGUCGGCGGCAAGACAUGCCUCGAAGCCUGGCCGCAAGGUGUGUCUGAUUGGACCGACUGAGCCAAGUCAAGAGGACCGCCGCUUCUGUGAGAUCUUCGCCUCUCACUAUGACGCUGCCCGGGCGGUGCGGAAGUACCAGGGUAGCCAUCACCUUCGGAGUUUGAUGACCAUGAGGACUUUCAAAGCUCUGACUGAGCUGGAAGCAACAGCAGGUAUAAAACUCAGCGGGGAAUUGGGCCACAUCAUGUUCGGCAACAAUAUCGAUAGCGUAGCGGUGCCACUUGCCAAGACGGAAGGUGUUCUACUGACGGCAGAGGGCGUCCGUGAAAGGUAUCCUUUCUUGGACGUCAGUCAAUACGGCGAUUCCGCCAUGUUGUUUGUGGCUAACGCCGGCCACGCUAAUCCUCGUAUGAUUGUCCGUGCGCAGCAACAGAUAGCCGCCCACCAAGGCUGUGAUAUAAUAGAAGACGUGGUUGAGGCGGUGCAGGAGUCGCUUGAACACGGGCAGGGCGAGCCACUACUGCAGCUCUUGACCAAGAAAGGGCGCCGCCUCUCGGCCAAGAAGGUGCUCCUGUGCACGGGCGCUUUUACACAGCUCAAAAACCUAUUGCCGCCCUCCAAAAAGCUGGACCUAGGGAUCGAUGGGACAUUUGUGGUCAAGCUGGAGGUUGGGGAGAGCGAUUUGGAGAAGCUUCGAGCGAUGCCCACAAUGACAUCCUUCACUGACCCGGAAUGGAACUGCUAUAUAAUUCCCCCUGUGCGAUACCCGGAUGGAAAAUACUACCUGAAGCUGGGGCCAGGAUACCAGGACCAGCGUAGGCUGAACACUUUGAAGGAGGUGAAAGACUGGUUUCUCUCUCAGCCCGAUCCAAAAUUGGUGGCAAAAUACCGGGAUUUGCUUUUGAGUAUCGUCAAAGACUUCACGCCAGUGUCUGUCCAAGCGGACAUGUGCGUGUGCACACGCACGCGGACCGAACUCCCUUACUGUGACAUGCUCUCGCCCAGACUUGGCCUUGCGGUUGGUGGAUAUGGCUACGGGGCGAUGCUAUCCGACGAGGUAGGGAGAAUGGCCGCCCGCAUGAUCGCUGGAGAGGAGAAUUGGAGCCAAGGCAUCCCGGAGGAAGCGCUCAGGGCGCGAUUUAUCCAAACAACAUGCAGUUUGUGAAAUAAUGACAUGCGCUUUAGCUCAAGAAGUUUACGCACGGUUGGCACAUUGCUUGUCAGGAGUAUGAUUUUACUUCGGGGGGGGGGUUCAGUUUACCGCCCCCCUGGUGAGAUAUAAUAGAUUGAAUGCCCUAAUGACACGAAGUUUGUACAAAGAUAGAACAAGGGUGCACCAAUCGACGACCACGAUUUUUCUAAGGAUUCAGGAACCGAAGUAAUUUUAGGGUAAGGUUAGUUUCCCAUUGGGGGACGGAGGCUCAUGAGUACGGGGGAGCCCAAGGGACACUGUAUAGUUACUGCCACUGAAGGGACGAUAGGAAAUAUCUCAGCGGUGGAAUCCGGGCCGCUCAGUGAAUCACAGACUUAACACACUUCACGUAGCUCCACCUGAAAAUUACCGUACGAGCAUAAUUAUAGGCUCUCUGCGCGAAAGAGAGAGGGCGCUUUGUUCUAUCAAGUAUAUACAUGUCCUAGUAAGUUGUAUCGGAAAAUAUGUAAAAGCCAUACGUAAAUUGGCUAGGGCGGAGUUUUGUCGUGUCCGUGGACCUAUGUUAUCAAGAUAAUCAAGGAGUUAAAUCUUGCCACGGAAACAAUUUGUAAUUGUCGUUAAUAUUACAAUUUUCGUAUUGUCAAAUAAAAUAAUUAUUAACAUUUUCGAUUAAACACUGUUAAAAUGUUUGUGAAAUAAAUUACGUUAAACCUACAUGUUCAAAGAGAUAGCUUUUGAUAGUGUUGACGUUAAAAUGGGAUCACCAUAUCUUGACUAGUGAUGGUGCUCUACCACUUGAUUGGCCAACUUAUUAAUUGUCCAUGUGCGCAUGACGUGUACUCGUCUAGGUGCGCAUGACGUGUGCACUAAAUAUAAAUUCGUUGAUAAAGGCAGCAAUAAACAAA